AUGCAGUGCUUCAUUACCGCGCAUGAGGCUAUGGUCUCCGAGAAGUCGCUCGCCGGCGCAAAGAAGAGAACCACCGAGGCUUUCAUGGAAGCAGGUCUCCUGGUACAGGAACUCAACGUUGUACUCGGCCUCCUCUGGCAGCAGCAACAACAAUGCAAUCCUGGUUCAGACGGGAUACCCGGAGCAUGCUGGCUACCACAAUUUGGACCAUGUAAGCCUGGCCCGAAACUCCCCGCGAUCCCAGAGCAACCGGACGAGGACUUGAAAUUCAUACACAGAACUACUCAAGAAAUUGGACUGUCCGACCCAAACUACAAGGUCCAAGGCUACUUCUUUCGGAACAUUGAACGCAAGACUGCCCCUGUUAGGAGCACUUCUCCGCCGCCAGCUUAUGCGGCUGUUGACAGUCGGAACUUCUCUGCCAUUGAGGAAUGA